AUGAUCGAUGUGCAUGGCUUGGACGAUGUGCCUGUGGUGGUGCCUAAUGUGUGGGAUGCAGACAGGAGCCUCAUCCAUCCCUCAGAGUACUCCAAGCGAUUGGACAAGGGCACUCCAGUAACGGUGGAAGUCCUGUUGCAACUGUGGACUUUUGGGCCUGAGAACAAAUGUCCGACAGGUUCGCGCAUCUACCAGACUACUUUAAAGUCCCUGUGCAUUCUGCCAUUGACAGAGAGGCCGAAGACUUUGGUGCCCAAUGGUGUGGGGAUGCCCACUGACCCCAAAGGGAAAUGCAAGGCGGAUGGUCCUCCUGCCCAAGGUGGUCCCACUAGGAAGGCAGCUAAGAUGGCCGGGGCAGCCGCAUAG